AAAUCGAUUCUGCAGCUUGGUUUCCGGUGAAGGAGUCGUGCCCAGCCACACCCUAGCAAAUACCGUGGAUUAGACACCACCUGCAUUUCUGAGACUUUGAGUUCCGGUUACCAUCUCACUCUCCCUGUCUCUUCACGUUAUUUUACGUUUUCUCUAAAUGAAUGUUACUUCUCUCUGUGUCAAGGUCACACAGUGCUCGAGCUACAGCUGCGGCCACCAACCUGUGAUGUUCAUUCAGGGUACAUACAACCUCCGGAGACCUGGGAGGAUCCCCUUGGGCUCCACCUUAGACCCACUGAAGAUUCAGAAAUUCUGGGGUUGAGACUUGGAAAUCUGCAUAUUAACGAGCUCUCAUAAGCAAUUUUUAGCUGGUUUAAGUUUGAGAGUUAGUGCCCCAGAUUAUAGCUAAUUCACUUAAUAUUGCCUGCUUGUAGUAAUUGAUGUUCCUUAUUCUACCAGCGUCACCUGGAGGACAGUGUUGGUGACGGAGCUGAAUGAACCUCUUUCCAAUGAAGAUCGAAAUCUUCUCUCUGUGGCCUACAAGAAUGUGGUUGGUGCCAGACGAUCUUCCUGGAGGGUCAUUAGCAGCAUUGAGCAGAAAACCAUGGCUGAUGGAAAUGAAAAGAAAUUGGAGAAAGUUAAAGCUUACCGGGAGAAGAUUGAGAAAGAGCUGGAAACAGUGUGCAAUGAUGUCCUGGCUCUGCUUGACAAGUUCCUCAUCAAGAACUGCAAUGAUUUCCAAUAUGAGAGCAAGGUGUUUUACCUGAAAAUGAAAGGUGAUUACUACCGCUACUUGGCAGAGGUAGCUUCUGGGGAGAAGAAAAACAGUGUGGUCGAAGCUUCUGAAGCAGCCUACAAGGAAGCCUUUGAAAUCAGCAAAGAGCACAUGCAGCCAACGCACCCCAUCCGGCUGGGCCUGGCCCUCAACUUCUCCGUGUUCUACUACGAGAUUCAGAAUGCACCUGAGCAAGCCUGCCUCUUAGCCAAACAAGCCUUCGAUGAUGCCAUAGCUGAGCUGGACACACUAAAUGAGGAUUCCUAUAAGGACUCCACGCUCAUCAUGCAGUUGCUGCGAGACAACCUCACCCUCUGGACGAGUGACCAGCAGGAUGAAGAAGCAGGAGAAGGCAACUGAAGAUCCUUCGGGUCCCUGGCCCUUCCUUCACCCACCACACCCAUCAUCACCAAUUCUUCCUUGCCACAAUCACUAAAUAUCUAGUGCUAAACCUAUCUGUAUUGGCAGCACAGCUACUCAGAUCUGCUCUCCUGUCCCUUGGGAAGCAGUUUCAGAUCAAUCUUCAUGGGCAUUGCUGGACUGAUGGUGGCUUUGAGCCCAGGAGCCUCCCUUUUUGAAUUGUGCAAAGAAAUGUGUUCUGAAUGAGGCAUAUUACUGUGCCUAUUGAUUUGUGGGAAAUUCAGGCAAAAGUAAUGGGGGAGAUUAGAAAGGAGAAUUAGUCAACACAGGCUACAGUUGAUAUUUAAAAGAUCCAUUUAAAACAAGCUGAUAGUGUUUUGUUAAGCAGUACAUCUUGUGCAUGCAAAAAUGAAUUCACCCCUCCCACCUCUUCAAAUAAUGGAAAACUGUUAAGGGAAGCUGAUACUGAGAGACAACGUGCUCCUUUCCAUCAGCUUUAUAAUAAACUUUAACGUGAGGUUUCAGUAGCUCCUUGUUUUGCCUCUUUAAAUUAUGACGUGCACAAACCUUCUUUUCAGUGCAAUGCAUCUAAAGUUUUGAUACUUGUAACUUUUUUUUGGUUGCGAUUGUUUAAGAAUCAUGGAUUUAUUUUUUUGUAACUCUUUGGCUAUUGUCCUUGUGUAUCCUGACAGCGCCAUGUGUGUCAGCCCAUGUCAAUCAAGAUGGGUGAUUAUGAAAUGCCAGACUUCUAAAAUAAAUGUUUUGGAGUUCAAUGGAUAAAUAAAUGCUGCUUUGGGGAUAUUA